AUGGCAGAGCAGCAGCUAGAUCUCAACGCUGCUGCAGAAGCUUUGUCCGAAGCUGUGGUGGGCGCUGUUGCGGCAGUUGAUGCCCAGGCGCCUGCGGAGCCACCUGCUGUUCCUGCCCCAGGAGUUCAAGAAGUUGUUCCACAAGGCAGCGCCGAGAUUGCCAAUCAAGUGCUCCCACAAGGCAUCCAAAUCUCGCCUGCUGUCAUUGGCUUGACUUCUGACAGGAUUGUGGAGCACUAUGGGCACACGGCAACUGCGCCACAGUUCAUGCGCAGAACUUAUGAUCCGACUUCUGAUUGGACUUGGGCAUUUGCCGGCUUCAGUUUUGCCAGGGCAUCAUUCUUCCCCGAGGGGCGGCGCUUGACAGUCAUUGAGAGUGACGUGGCGAUGGCUGCCCAAGAUGUGUUGUCCAAGUUGCCGGAGCGCCAGAAUGUUCAGCAAGCCGAUGUUCUGAAAGGCGACAUGCACGAGGCGUUCUCCGACUGGUUUAUGACACACAAACGCGAAGUGACAGUUGGCUGGCAUGGCCAGAACAAUCAAGAUUUCAGGCUUUUCCUCAACGGGUUCUCAUUUGCAUCUUGGGUCCAGGCGAUCUGCUACAAGAAUAAGACGGUGCCUCUUGUCUUGACAUUUGAGCGAGAGCAAGACUGCUCAUGGAAACCAUUCGAGCUCCACUUGGCCCGAGUUUACAAGUGGGGACCUGGCUUGCAGAUGGCGGGGAAGUAUCGCGGAGGCCCUGGUGGUGGUGGCGCCCAAUACACUGGUGGUUGGGGCAGCGGGGGUGCAGAUGCUCAUGCCCCUUAUCAGCAGCAACAGCAGUACCAGCAGCCACAGCACCUCCAGCAGCCCCAGCGGCCACAGCAGCCCCAGCAGCCCCAGCAGCCUGGCGGCUGGGGCCCUGCGCAAGGUGCUGCAUAUGCUUGCCCUCAUGGCGCAUUUUAA